AUGAAUUUGUCAAUUGAAAGAUAUCAAAUAUUGAAAUCAACAAAAAAAAAAAAUAGCAAAACACAUAUAAUAAGAAAUAAAAAAAAAAUUAUAUACAAUGAAAAAAAUACUUAUAAAAUUAUUAGUUAUAAUAAAAUUUUUGUUAAUAAUAUUAAAAUAACAAAAAAUAGUAAAUUGCUUAAUACAAACAUUAGGAACUAUGAAAAUGUAUUGAAAAAAAAUAAAGUCUAUAUAAAGAAACAAAAGUUAAAAAAAUCUCAUUUCAUACCAGAAAAUUUAGAUAUUUAUAUGAGAAAAAAUUGUAUGUAUUAUUCAAAAAAAAAGUUAUCCGAAAAUAAGAGUGUAAAAAAUAACAAAAAAGACAAUAAUUUUAGCAUUGAUAGUAAUAAAAUUAAUCAUUUAAACAUAUUCAAUAAUAGCAAUAAUGAUAUUUCCAUUUCUAAUGGUAAUGAUAAUUUGAACAUAGAAGUAAAUAAUAAUUGCAUAUCAAGAAAUAUUAUAAAUAAUACAAGUAAUAUUUCUAACACUAAAAAUGAAAAAUAUGAUAACAUGUCUAACUUUCAAAAUGGUAAUUUAAAUAAUGAUACAAAAUUACAUGAAUUUUCCAUUAAUAAUGCAAAAGAUAAAAAAAAGAAAAAAAAAAAAAUUAAUGAUAUAUAUAAGGAUCAUUCUAACUACACUAAUGAUGAUUUAUUAAUAAAAAAAUUAAAAUUGAAAAAUCUAACUAACAACUCCUUAUUAGACACAAAUAAUAUAUCUGUAGGUGACAAAAUGAAAAAUUUAUUCAAAAUUAAUAAUAAAAAAACCAAUCAAAUAUUAUUAAGUAACAAAAAUUGUGUAAAUAUCGAUUUAUUAGAUGAUCAGAAAUGUACUAAUAAAGAUAAUUCAUUUAAAUGCUUAAAUAAAACUAUAAUUAAUAAUAAUAAUAUUGAGCUGUUAAAAAAUAAUAAAAACAAAAUAUUAGUAAAGAAUAGUGUAAAUGUAUCUUCAAUUAAUAAGGAACAAGAAUUUAAUCAGCAAAAAAACAUAAAAAGUAAGGAAGAUUUAAAAAACAAUGCUUUGAGGAUACUAUCAAAAUAUAACUUAAUCUGUCAUAUAAAUGAAAAUUAUGAUAUUAUAGAAAAAAAAAAUAGAAAAAAUAUAUUCAAUUCUGAAAAUUUUACAGAUAGUGAAAUAGAAAAAUAUAAGUUAUAUAAAAAUAAAAUUAAUGCAAGAAAAAAUAUUUUAGGAAAUUUUUAUACAAAGAAUUAUAAAAAAGAUUAUUUUUAUAUAAGCAAAGAUAGCAACAUAAAUAAUUUCAAAAAUAUUAUAAUAAAGAAUUUAAGUUUUAAAAAAAGUAUUGUUAAUUCAUGUAGACACAGAGAAUGUUCAAUUGAAAAUUUAAAUAAAAUUACAAAUGAAAAUAUAAUUGAAAAUAAAAAUAAAACUUUAAAUGAAAAAUUAAGAAAUGAUGUUGUUGAAAGUUCUAAUGUGUGUUGUGAUUUAGACAAAAACACGCAUACAGACAUUCCUGAGAAUGUCAAAAUUUUUAAUGGAUUUUCAAACUAUGAAGAAAUACCAAAUGAACAAAAAGGAUUUAAUAAAUCUACAUUAAACAGUGUCAUAAAUAAUUUUAACUUAUGUUUUGAUUAUUCUUCUAUAUCUGAUUUCUCAUUAAAUCAUGCAAACAAAAAACAAAAUAAUAAAAUAGUACACACAAACGAAAAUUCUACAUGUGAUGAAAAAAAAAAUUCAGAAAAAAACUUCUAUUAUGAAGAUACAAAAAAGAUAAAAAAGAAUUUCAUAAAUAAAAACACAGUAUGUAAUUAUAAUAUAAACAACACAAAUAUGUGUGAAAGUGCAAUAACAGAUAAAGAAAAAAUCUACAACAAGGAAAAAUUAAAAAAAAACGCAAAUUUAAAAAGAAACUUAGAUAAUGAUUUGAAUUAUAAUUCAAAUAAAAAAAUGAAAAACGAAGAAUAUUCUUUAAUUAAUUUUAAUAUUUAUAAAAAUAAUGUAACUGACAUAUGUAAAAAUAAUAGUUAUAAUACUUAUAUAUUAAAAAGUCUUGGUAAUUCUUAUUUGAAAAACAAAUUAAAUUGUAAAGAUACAAAAGUAAAAACUGAUAACGCUCCUAAGAUAAACGCAUUUGAUAGAUAUCCGAAUAGCUUUAAUUUAAAUAAAGAAGGUAUAUUUAAUAAUAAGAAUAAUAAAUUAAAUGAAAAUGAAAUUAAAAAUUUGCAAUCUAAACUCAUAAAAAAUGAAAUGGAUAAAAAAUUGAAUGCUACAAAAAUUAUCAUAAAUAAUUGUGAAGAAAACAAUUACAUUAAACAAGAAGACGAAUAUGAUCAAAAUGAUAGGGAGAAUAUUGAUAAUUAUGAAAAUGAAAAUUUUAAAUGUUGUAAAGUUAAUAGCUUUACUAAUAAAAAAAAAAACUCUAUUCAAAAAUUAAGUAUAAAUAAUGCCGAUAAUUCAGCUAGUGAUGAAGUGAAUUAUACUAAUUUUUUAAAAGAUAAAGAUAUUGAUAUAUUUAAUUUAGAUUUACGUGAUAUAGUAAAGUUAUUAGAAAAAGAAAAAAUUGAAAAUUUAUAUAGUGAAGAAGAAUUAAAGAAUUUAUUAAUUCCUGUCAAUGGAAUUUAUUAUGAUACAAAUAAAAAAAGUUGGAUAUGCAAAUAUAUUGACAUAAAAAAUGUGAAUCAUAAUGAAUUAAAUGGAUAUUUCUUGCUGAAAGAACAAAACAAUGCAGAAAAUUUGAAAAAAAAAAUAUUUUCUACAAAAAGUUUCUCAUAUCAUGAAUCUAGACAAUUAGCAUUGGAAUUUAAAUAUAAACAUGUUAAAAAAAAAUAUAGUAUUUUAAAGAAUUUAAGUGAAGAAGAAAAUAUAUUUUUUAAGUCAAUUAAUAAUCCUACGGAAAAUAGCAAAUACACAAAGCUUAAAUAUGAUAAAAAGGAAGAAGGUAGUAAUGAAUAUGAUGAAGAAAAAGAAGAGAAUGAAAAAGAAAAUGAGAUGCAAAAAGGAGAAUCAAAAGAGGAGCAGAAUAAAAAUAUUAAAGGAGAGUAUAAAAAAGAGGAAAAGAAAAAAACAUAUAGUUAUGAUAAAAAAAGUAAGAACUGCAGUUUAUAUAAUAGUAUGAAUAAAAAUGUGGGUGAAAUAAAUUUAAAUAAAACAUUAAAAAUAUUAAAUAGUGAGAUAACACAUAAGUUGUAUAAACCUUUACUAAAAUGUAAUGUGAAUGAAAAUGACUCUAUUAGCGAAAUAAAAAAUGAUGAAAAUAAAAAUAAUUGCAUUAUAGACAUUAACAAUAUAAAUAAUGAUAAUAUAACAAAUUUGAAUAAGUGUACUAAAGUAAUGGUGAGUAAUGAUAAUUAUAGAUUAAUAAAUGAAAAUGAUAAUUUUGACAGUUAUAAUAAGAAUCAAAAUUAUACAUAUGAUGAUAAUAAAUCAUAUAUUAGUUUUAAAACAAAGAAAAAUUUAUGUAAAUUAUUAGGUGUAAACGUAUCGGAUGACAUAGAAGAAAAGAUGAAAAAUUUACACAAAGAAAAUAUAUUUUAUGAAAAGGAAGAAAAAAAAUGGGUCAUCAAGAUAUAUGAAAAAAAAAGCAAUAUACUACUUUAUUUCAAAGAAUUUGAUUGUAAAGUGUUUGGAUUUUUAUAUGCCUGUUAUUUAAGUAUAGAACACAAAAGGUUAUAUCUAGACUAUUUUUUAAAUGAAAAAAAUUAUAAUUUUUUGAUAAAAUUAGUAUAUAGGAGUUGUAUAAAUAAUAAAAUGCAUAACACAAUAGCUCGACAAAUCAGUUUAAAUAAAAAUCAUAACUAUUCUGUAAAAGAUGUUAAUGAAAUUAAAAAGAAAUUGAAAAUAAAAAAUUUAGAAAAAUACAGUCUAGAAACUAUAGAUAAGGAACACAGAUGUUUAGAAAUAAAUACUAUAGAAAAAAACAAUAUAAGAACAAAGAAUUUAGAAGAAGAAUAUGUUAAAACGGAUUUUGAAAAAGAAAACUUAAUUUUCCAUAAUAUAUCUAGUAAUAAUUCAGAAAAACCUAAAGAUUGCAAAAAUAGAAAUUGUAAGGAUUUAGAAAAAGAUAAGAUUUUUAUUGAUGAAAAAAAUAACUCACUAAGUAACUUUCAAAAAACAAAAAAUCAAACUGCCAAUAAAUUGAGUGGUCUUUCUUGUUAUUUGGAAAACAAUUUUGAAAAAGGAUUUUCUAAAACUUUGAAUUCAGAUUCAAAACAGUAUAGGAACAUUAAAUGUAUAAAGUAUAAUAAUGAUAUAGAAAAUGAGAAAAAACAUGUAAAAAUUGAAAAUAUUAAAGAAAAAGAAGAACAUAAAGAAGAUCAGGGACAAAAAGAACAAUGUAAUAGUAAAGAAGACCAGAAAGAAAAUGAUGAUAACAGAAAAAAAGAUGAAAGUUAUAAUUUUAAUACAAAUAACAACAUUACAUUAAACUUAAAUUUUGGUAGAAAUAAUAAUUCAAAUGAAAAUAGUAGUAGCAAUAUUACUGCUGUAAAUUUAUACAAAAGCUACACAACAGAAAAUAAUGAAAUUCCAAAGGAUCAGAUGCAAAAUGUUCAUGAAAAAAAUGAAAAAAAAAAAAAAAAAAAAAAAUACUCUUCUUUUUAUAAAAAAACAAAAACUGUGAAGAAUUCAUUAGUAAAUUUAAAAAAUAGUAAUGUAACAUCAGAUAUAUUGCAAGAAGAAAGAAAUAAUUUGAUAAAAUUGGAUUCUUAUGUAGACAUACUAAGUCAAAAAAGUGAUAUAACAUCAUUAGCUAAACAAACAAUUCUUUUACUUUUAAAAGACAUUUUAAAUUGUAUUCCAUUUCAAAUGGCUCCUUCAAUUACAUCCAAAAAAAUUUAUGAUCAAAAAAUUCAUGCUCACAUUAAAUUUGUUUAUCAAUCAAAAAAUCUUUUUGACUUAAUGCCAUAUUUUUUUAUAUUUAAAAAUAUUAUUAAGCAGAAAACUCUUCCUAGUAACCAAUCAUUAUACAUUUGUAAUGUUUUAUUAUAUGCCUUGUUUGAGGCAUAA